AUAAUGACUGAUCGUACUGUCCUCGUCACAGGUGCCACUGGCCUCUUGGGUCGGGAGGUAUCUGCGGCCUUUGGUCUCAAAAAUUGGGAGGUCAAGGGAACAGGCUUUUCCCGUGCAGAUGGAAUCAGUACCUUCAAAGUUGACUUGGGAAAUGAGAAUGAAGUAUCAACUUUCCUGGAUGAGACCAAACCCCAAGUCAUAGUCCACUGCGCUGCGCAGCGAUUUCCAGACAAGGUUGACAAAGACCCCGAGGGGGCCAGAGCACUCAAUGUCGCUGCAAGCAAAGCACUCGCCAAACUGGCCGCCGAAAGGGAUACCUUUGUCAUCUACAUUUCCACUGACUAUGUCUUCCCCGGUGUUCCCGGAGAUGCUCCGUACGAAGCUGACGCUGAACCUCGACCUACCAACCUCUAUGGCCAGACAAAACUCGAUGGUGAACGUGCUGUUUUAGAAACCUUCAAGGAAGCUGGCAAGGAAGGUUUAGGCGUUGUGCUUCGAGUUCCUGUCCUCUAUGGAAACGCCGAGACACCGUCCGAGAGUGCAGUCAACGUACUGAUGGAUGCUUUGUGGAAGGCGCAAACACAGGGAGCUCAGAUCAGCAUGGACCAUUGGGCUAUUCGUUAUCCUACAAACACAGAAGACAUUGGUCGAGUCUGUCACGACAUUUCGGUCAAGUAUCUCGAUACCCCAAGCAACAAUCGAGCAUCUCUUCCUAAUAUUCUCCAAUUUUCUUCUGAAGAUCGAAUGACCAAGUAUGAGAUAGUAGCCCUAUUUGGCGAAAUCAUGGGUCUGUCAACAGAAGGGAUCACUCCCAACACAGAGGGGAAUGACCGGAAUGCCAGUGUGCAGCGACCUUACGACUGCCACUUGAGCACAAAGGCGCUCAAGGACUUGGGAAUCGAUGUUUCAACGUGCGACUUCAAAGGUUGGUGGAGACGUGAGGUUCGCGCGUUUCGAAAAUAAGGGCGCACACAUCUCUCUACGCCCGUGAAAAUUCAGCAAAUAUUUGUCGAAUAUGUGUUCUGAACACAAGGUUCAGAUGAGACGAAGUGGUUCUUCGAGUGGUCUGGGUGGUUUCUGAUGGUGGAAAAGGGGGUAUGUCUCAAACUGUAGCUCGUGCCUUGGUGAGAUCCCAAGACAAAAGGAAGAGGGAGCCUCAAACCCUUCACAUGGGCUUCGUCCAUUUGAUCUUAAUGGUAUAUCGAAUAGGUGCUAAAAGUGAUGCUUUGGCCUUUGGUGU